AUGCGACCCGCGCGCCCGCCCCCGCCCAAAGGCGCUUCCGAAGCGAGCGAGAUGCCGAGAGUUCAUGAUUAUGAUUUCUCAAUUUCCCAAUGGGAGGAAGAUAAUAAGUUAAGACCUGCGCAGCAGAACGCGGAGGAAACUCCGCUGGAAGCAACGGCUCUUGAAAAAACGCAGGUCUCAACGGAGACGGAGAACGCCGCGCCGCGGCCCCCUCCACGCCCAGUGUUCACGUGGGCUCGGUUCUCCAGGAGCGACGCGAUUGGCCAGCGCGCGCCUUCAAGGUGGAAUGAUGGUUUUGUAAUUCUAUUUAACAUUCAUAAAAGGCUUUGUGGAACAUUCUGGGAAUUUGAAACAAAUGGUUGCAAACAUCCUUCACGUGAUCUGUACUGGGGCUUUUGUGAUAAAAAUGUUGACAGUACAAAGAAUCGGAAUGGUGAUGUGACCCUGUAUGAGAAGUACGUGAUGUCGAGCAGGCAUUGGCCUUAUCAAUAUACAGAAGUUCGCAAAGUGAAGAAUGUCACCGGCAGAUGGCACCAGUUUCCUAGUCAUGCCUUCAAGAGACUAUCGCAUUGCGAGCUAGGAAUGACUCAUAGAUUGCGUGUGAAGCUGAUUCAGAGCGCGAGUUUUGAAUUUAAAGAUAGCGAAACUGUUUCUUGA